GGUGUCCCCGGUGUCCUCGGUGUCCUCGGUGUCCCCGGUGUCCCGGUGUCCCCGGCCGGGUCCCCCCGUGCGCUGCAGACGCUGCGGGUGACGCAGGAGCGGCCGCAGGUGCUGCACCUGCAGCUGCACCGGCCCAGCAAGCGCAACGCGCUCAACCUGCAGUGCUGGAGGGAGCUGGUGCAGGCGUUCCAGGACAUCUCUGAGGACCCCUCGCCGCCGCCGCCGCUCCGGGGCGGCAGCUUCACCGCCGGGAUCGACCUGGCCGACCUGGGCUCGGUGCUGGCGCAGCUGCCGCAGGAGGACGCCGCCCGCCGGGCCUGGGCGCUGCGCCGGCGCAUCCUGGAGCUGCAGGAGAGCUUGGUCAUGGAGAAGUGCCCCAAACCCGUGAUCGCCGCCGUGCACGGGCCCUGCAUCGGAGCCGGUGUGGAUCUGAUCUCGGCCUGUGACAUUCGCUUCUGCUCCCAGGACGCCUCGUUCCAGGUCAAGGAGGUGGACAUGGGGCUGGCGGCAGACGUGGGGACCCUGCAGCGCCUCCCCAAAAUCGUGGGGAGCCAGAGCCUGGUGAACGAGCUGGCGCUCACCGCCCGCGUCAUGAGAGCCCCCGAGGCGCUGAGCUGCGGCCUCGUCAGCCGGGUGCUGCCCGACAAGGAGACGCUGCUGGGUGCGCUGGGCGUGGCCUCGGCCAUCGCCGCCCGCAGCCCCGUGGCCGUGCAGGGCACGAAAAUCAACCUGGUGUACGCUCGGGACCGGCCGGUCAGCGAGGGGCUGCAGCACGCGGCCACCUGGAACAUGGCCAUGCUGCAGACCGAGGACAUCCCCAAGUCGGUGCAGGCGGCGCUGGACAAGAAGGGACCCGAGGACGUCCCGUUCGCCAAGCUCUGAUGUCACCUCAGUGUCACCUCAGUGCCACCAGUGCCACCAGUGUCCCCCAUGUCCCGUUCGCCAAGCUCUGAUGUCACCUCAGUGUCCCCAAUGUCCCCAGCAUCCCCAGUGUCCCCUUCUCCCCCCACCCCGCUGUCCCCUCGGUGUCCCCAACGUCCCCGGGGCCACCUCAGUGUCCCCAAUAAAUCCCGUUGUCCCCACAGGUCCUGGGCCUGUCCCUGAGUGUCCCCCAGGUGCCACCAGGGGGUUCCUCUGUCCCCGAGGUGCCACCCGGCUCUGGGGGACAUUCCCAAAGACCUCGGGGUU